GACAUGAGAGGGGAAAAAAAAAAAAAAAGAACAUGUUAAGUAAAAUGUCCUUAUAAAGACAAAAUCUAUUUCUUUCCUGGCUGAUGAUUUGUUACUCUAGUCACUUCCUGCCUUGUGACCACACACCCGGGGUUAACAAAGUUGUUCUCCAGAUCAGAAAGAAGGGGUUUUCUGGUUACACGCCAGCACCACUGAGAACAGUUUGGCUACCAGAACUGUUGCCUAACGCAGUAAAAAAUGGCCAGAGGAUCAGUAUCCGAUGAAGAAAUGAUGGAGCUCAGAGAAGCUUUUGCCAAAGUGGAUACCGAUGGCAACGGGUACAUCAGCUGCAAUGAGCUGAAUGACCUGUUCAAGGCUGCCUGCUUGCCUCUGCCUGGCUACAGGGUGAGAGAAAUUACAGAGAACCUGAUGGCCACAGGUGACCUGGACCAGGAUGGGAAGAUCAGCUUUGAUGAGUUUAUCAAGGUUUUUCAUGGCCUGAAAAGCACAGAGGUUGCCAAGACCUUUAGAAAAGCUAUCAAUAAGAAGGAAGGGAUUUGUGCGAUCGGGGGCACUUCCGAGCAGUCUAGUGUUGGCACCCAACACUCGUACUCAGAGGAAGAGAAGUAUGCCUUUGUCAACUGGAUAAACAAAGCCCUGGAAAAUGACCCUGAUUGCCGGCACGUCAUCCCUAUGGAUCCUAACACCAAUGAUCUCUUCAGUGCUGUUGGAGAUGGCAUCGUGCUUUGUAAGAUGAUCAAUCUGUCAGUGCCGGACACAAUUGAUGAGAGGACAAUCAACAAAAAGAAACUCACCCCUUUCACCAUUCAGGAAAAUUUGAACCUGGCUCUAAACUCUGCCUCAGCCAUUGGGUGCCACGUGGUUAAUAUCGGCGCUGAGGACUUAAAGGAGGGGAAGCCUUACUUGGUCCUGGGACUGUUGUGGCAGGUCAUCAAGAUUGGGUUAUUUGCCGACAUCGAGCUCAGCAGAAACGAAGCGCUGGCUGCUCUUCUGAGAGAAGGGGAGAGCCUGGAAGACCUGAUGAAGCUCUCUCCCGAGGAGCUGCUGCUGAGAUGGGCUAACUACCACCUGGAAAAUGCAGGCUGCAACAAAAUCAACAACUUCAGCAGCGACAUCAAGGACUCGAAAGCUUAUUACCACCUGCUUGAACAGGUGGCUCCAAAAGGAGAUGAAGAAGGUAUUCCUGCUGUUGUUAUUGACAUGUCAGGACUGAGGGAGAAGGACGACAUCCAGAGGGCGGAAUGCAUGCUGCAGCAGGCGGAGAGGCUGGGCUGCCGCCAGUUUGUCACGGCCACAGAUGUUGUCCGAGGGAACCCCAAGCUGAACUUGGCUUUUAUUGCCAACCUCUUUAACAAAUACCCUGCCCUGCACAAGCCUGAGAACCAGGACAUCGACUGGGGGGCUCUGGAAGGUGAGACGAGAGAAGAGCGGACAUUUAGGAACUGGAUGAACUCCUUGGGUGUAAACCCGCGAGUCAAUCAUCUGUACAGUGACUUAUCAGAUGCCCUGGUCAUCUUCCAGCUCUAUGAAAAGAUUAAAGUCCCUGUUGAUUGGAACAGAGUAAACAAACCACCAUACCCCAAACUGGGGGGGAACAUGAAGAAGCUUGAGAAUUGUAACUAUGCAGUGGAACUGGGGAAGAAUCAGGCAAAGUUCUCCCUGGUUGGCAUUGGUGGACAAGAUCUCAAUGAAGGAAACCGCACCCUAACGUUGGCCUUGGUCUGGCAGUUAAUGAGAAGGUACACAUUGAAUAUUCUUGAAGAAAUUGGAGGCGGGCAGAAGGUCAAUGAUGACACUAUUGUCAACUGGGUGAAUGAAACAUUGAAGGAAGCGGAGAAGAAUUCAUCCAUCUCUAGUUUCAAGGACCCGAAGAUCAGCACAAGUCUGCCGGUCCUUGACCUCAUCGAUGCCAUUCAGCCAGGUUCCAUUAACUAUGACCUUCUGAAGACGGAGAACCUGAAUGAAGAAGAGAAACUCAACAAUGCGAAGUAUGCCAUCUCUAUGGCCCGAAAAAUUGGAGCGAGAGUGUAUGCGCUUCCAGAAGACUUGGUGGAAGUGAACCCCAAGAUGGUCAUGACCGUGUUCGCUUGCCUCAUGGGGAAAGGAAUGAAGAGGGUGUAAGGCCCAGUGGGCGGGGUAGGGUCUACGUGGGUCUCUGGCUGCUCACGCCUGGUGCUCCCAGGAAACACGGGAGGAGGCGGCCAUUCCAAAGUUUCAACUCGAUGACAUUAUACACAGUUCCAAAAAAAAAAUGUGCAUCUGUCCAGCCAAGUAGCCUUCACGUAUUUAACAAAAAGUGCUUUAUUCUUUGCAAAAGACCCAGUCUCUUACAAAUAUUUUUUUUUAUCAUUGAAUUGAUUGCUUCUUUGAAAAUGUAGAGAAAAAGAGAUCUUACUUCCCAGGCGCCUUUCCUGCCUUUGCCGUUGUAGUCAGGUAUAGAAGUCUCACGUGCAGUUCACUUUGACAUAAUCUUUCAAACCAGCUUACAUUGUCUGCCUUCUUGUUCGGGGUGAGAACCAGGAGGGGAGAAUCAUCGGAGGGGAGAACCGUGAAACCAGCCCUGAAGCUGGCUUCUGGAGGCCAGCGUUUGCUCUGUUACAAGCCUCCUUUCUGUUGCAAGCCUCCUUUCUGUUGCCCUUCUACCUGGGUCUACCUGUUGUGACUUUGCUCUCCACCCCCGCAGAACCUGCCCUCUCUGUGGCUCCCCUCUGCUGGCCACCCUCCUCUCUGAGCCUUCUGGGUCAUCUGACAAAUCAGGCUGUAUUGGGGUCCCCAAGAGUGUCUGGUAACCUCCAGACCUAAGACUUAUCAUCAGAACAUUUUCUUAGAACUGUGUCUGCUAAUCUCCAGAACGAAGACUUAUCAUCAGAGCAUUUUCUCAAAACUAGGGUCCCAGAUGUCAUCAGAUUUUAUUUUUUCAGUCAAUGAGAAGCCCUCUGUUUUUAACCCUAGGAUCUGGGCUCUGACCAGAUCUACUAUCUUAAAUGCCGUGCCUUCAGAUAGAUUGUUAACUGUUGGUGGAAGGUAGUGUUCAAGGAGGGUGUCAUUGAGCAGCAAACCACUAGAGGGUAGUGUGGAGUCAUAACAAAGUUUCUGGUCUCAGGUGCUGCCUCUGUGUUUUUAGCCCUGCGUAUUAGAUUUGGAGAAGGAAACAGCAGCCCAGUCCAGUAUUCUUGCCUGGAGAAUUCCAUGGACAGAGGAGCCUGGCGGGCUACAGUCCAUGGGGUCGCAAAGAGUCAGACACGACUGAGCGACUAAUGUUUUCAUUAGAUCUAGUUAUUACAGUGUGGCUAGAUAUCUGAUGACUGGGAACUGCCUUGCUCUGAUUUCAUUUGCUGUUAGAUCAUAGUGCAUGUGAUGCCUGCUGGGCCAUAGGAUCAACGUUUACUUUUUUGGUACCCUCAAAUGCCCAGGGGUUAUAUGUGCCAAUGAACAGUGCCUCCACCUCAACCCCAAACCUGACCCCCACCAACACACUCACAUAUACACAUACCUAGCCAGGUAUCAAGCUGGCUAGGAACUGGCGCAGUCGCUUUAUGAAGAGCUAAUUUACUGGAUAUUUAAAGAAUUCCUAAACAAAACCCAGGGAACACUGUGCUCUUGAGCAGUUUCCUUGAAAACUUACCAAAGGCUUAAAUAGCAACAGAGCAUUGGGCACCGAUGCCAGACCCCUUCUGUCAUGGUGGAAGGGCUCAUGGAGGAGGUAUCUGCUUUAGGGGCGGUGUGUAGUGGAACUUAGUCAUUUUUCAAAGCGACUGAAAUGCAUUGCCCCUGUCUGCUCCUUGUCAGUGGGCUCAGGAAGCCGAGAUAUGGCUUCUCCCAGCCCAUAUAAUCUGUAUUUCUGCUGCAUCUGAUUGCAAAGUGGUUGGCUUUGUCUUAAUCUGCACUUAAUGUAGCCCGCAGACGAUUCUCCCCCCAUCUGCCUCCAGGAGGAAUGUUACUGCCUUAAUGGAAAAUGAAGAUAAAAUAAUGCUCAAUCAAGAUCUCUCCAAAUAAAAUGUUCCCCAUAUCGGA